AGGAGAUCCGAUAAAAAUGCGUGCUCUGUUGUUGCUGGCGGUGACGCUGGCCGUUGCUCUUCUUGGCAUCUGCAAUGGAGAAGUGAAGUCGUUCCUAGACUUUACGAUUCCGGAUCUUAAGGGUCAUCAGGUAUCCAUGCGUGAGUUCAACGCCUUCCCGGUCAUUCUCGUGGUCAACGUGGCCAGCGACUGCGGAUACACGGACAAGAACUAUCGUGAGCUUCAGGAAUUGUACGAGAAAUAUCACGAUGAAGGCUUCAUGGUGCUGGGCUUCCCGUGCAACCAGUUCGGCGGGCAGGAGCCUGGAACUGCUGAAGAUAUCCUUAAGUUUGCACAGGAGAAAUACCACGUGACGUUUCCGCUUUUUAACAAGGUGGACGUGAAUGGUGAAAACGCUCAUCCGCUUUUUAACUUUUUGAAGAAGAAGCUUGACGGAUUCAUCACCAACGACAUCAAGUGGAACUUCACCAAAUUUUUGAUUGUGAACCAUGAGCCAUCCAAGCGGUACGGGACGUCGACAUCGCCAUUGGAGAUUGAAAGCGACAUUGUGCAGGCAUUGCACAGCAGCCGACACGUAGACCAGUUCGACGAUGGUGGCGCGACGGAUGGCGACUACGGAGAUGCUCACGAUGAGUUGUAAGAGAUGCAGCUGGCAAUAUUCAGCAGUCCUUGGUUACCGUUUACCAGUUGAAAACCACAGGUGCCAGCACUGCAGUACUUUGAAGUAGUUUAAAACACGUUUGAAGCCUUUGCCCAGGCCAUUCGUAUGCAGGGCCACUUGCGUAAUUUACUACGUAGUACAAGCUUGCUUCAAUGA